AUGAUAUUGGAAGUUGAGAAGGGUGGCUUAAAUAUCCUCGCAAAAACGCCCAGCUUGCUACACAAAAUUGCAAAUGAAAUUAUUUGGAAUAACAAGCUUCUCUGCAUUAAUAAGAAAUCUGUGUAUUUCAUCUCAACUGAAGAAAAUCUCAAUCCUGAGCAAGGUUUCUUCAUUAUGGGUCUUAUUAACUCUACGCCUGCCAAUUAGUGCUUGCCAAUUAAAAGGGCAACUACUGCACCGAUGAUUGCAUCAUUCGCAUUCACAGGGUUCGACAUCUCCGCUAGCCCGGUAGCCCGAAGCUAGUAAAAAUUGGGUCGGGCUAGUAAAAAACCACGUUUAACAGCCCGCUGGCUAGUAGAAAAAUUGAAAGAAAUUAUAUAUAAUUAGUUUACUUGAGUUCACAGUUGAUAAAAAAAACAAUAAAGUUUAAAUUGUAAUGAUAAUACCAAUAAAGAAGGCAUAAACCUAUCAUCUUCUGAAGUCAUUUUUUUUUUGUCUUGCGUGUCGAUCGUAAACAUCGCAAGAUCCCAGACUCUGCUCUUAAUGGUCAAUGUCUUCCCCAGUCUUCUCCCUACCAAUGUUGCGAUGCCUUGCACAUCGCCUCGCACUUGAAGCGAUCGCACGAUCGCCUCGCACUUGAAGCGAUUGUAAAGGUGGAGCGAUUUUUGACAAAUUUCGAGGCGCCACCAUGUAAAAAGGGAAAACGGCCGAAACUGAAAGUACCAGUGAACAGGAAAGCAAUAACAUUUAGGAGAGCACUCAGAGCAAGAGAACGUUUAAUCCAUCGUGGAAAGAAAGCUUCCCAUGGCUUGAACACCAUGUCGUAAACAAAGAGGGCAAAAUGUUUUGCUUUGUCUGCAGAAGGUAUGAUCGCUCAAGUUCUUUUUGUGUUGGAAGCACGAACUUUAAACUUGAAACAGGU